AUGAGGCGUCUCGGAAUCAUCACUCUCACGAAUUCCGCCGUCGUCACACCGUCGCUACUUUCUUCGACGGCGGCUUUCACCAGAACCCUAACCUUACCCUCGCUCCUCCGCAACCACCACCUUACUAAUUCAAUUCGUUUCCUCGAAUCCAAAAGCCUCGUCUCAUGCUUCUCUUCCUCGGCAGCUUAUCUUCCUUCCCUCGACGAGUUCUCAUCAACUACAGGUUCUGUGGCGAGAGAUGAUAAACAGAAAGUGGUCUUGAAGGGUAUGAGUUAUGCUUCUCUCCAAGAAUGGGUUGAAUCACAUGGAUUUCGUCCCGGGCAAGCUAUGAUGCUGUGGAAGAGACUAUACAAAGACGACAUAUGGGCAAAUGAUGUUGAUGAACUUGAAGGUUUGAACAAAGAUUUCAAGAGAAUGAUUAGUGAACAUGCUGAGUUUGGAGCAUUGUCUUUUAAAGAUGUCCGUUCUGCUUCAGAUGGAACUAGGAAGAUUCUGUUCACGUUGAGUGAUGGACUUGUGAUAGAGACGGUUGUUAUACCUUGUGACCGUGGCAGGACGACGGUUUGUGUUUCCAGCCAAGUUGGUUGCGCUAUGAAUUGCCAGUUCUGCUACACUGGCAGGAUGGGUUUGAAGAGAAACCUCACUGCUGCUGAGAUCGUUGAGCAAGCUGUUUACGCCAGGAGGUUGCUUUCUCGUGAGUUUGGAUCAAUAACAAAUGUCGUCUUCAUGGGUAUGGGAGAGCCGUUUCACAACAUUGACAAUGUGAUAAAAGCUGCGAACAUAAUGGUGGAUGAGAAUGGACUUCACUUUAGUCCACGCAAGGUCACAGUCUCGACCAGUGGCCUUGUUCCUCAGCUGAAGCGGUUUCUCCGUGAGUCGAAUUGCGCUUUGGCGGUUAGUCUCAAUGCAACAACCGAUGAGGUUAGAAACUGGAUCAUGCCCAUCAACAGGAAAUACAAGUUGUCUUUGCUUCUUGAGACGCUAAGAGAAGAGCUCAGUACAAGGCACAAGUACAAAGUGUUGUUUGAGUACGUGAUGCUUGCAGGAGUUAAUGACAGCAUGGAUGAUGCAAGGAGGCUAGUGGAGAUAGUGAAGGGAAUACCAUGCAAGAUCAACCUUAUUCAAUUCAACCCACACAGUGGCUCUAGUUUCGUACAGACGGAUGAAGAGACGAUGAUCAAGUUCCGUAACGUUGUGGCUGAAGGAGGCUGCACCGUUUUGAUGCGGUUUAGCCGAGGCAACGAUCAGAUGGCGGCUUGUGGGCAGCUUGGCAUGCUUGGUGCGGUUCAAGCACCGGUCAUGCGUGUGCCUGAGCAGUUCCGCACUGCUCUAAAGGCAUCAGUUUGA